GUCCGUCCCGCAGCGCCGCGGGCCCGGUUCCCUCAGGCGUCCCCUUGGAGCGGAAGAACUGCAACAAAAUGAUAUCAACUGCACCUGGGGAGCUGGGUAUUUUGCUUUUCAUGUGUCUGUUGGCUUUUGUAAGAAGGACUGGAAGAGACAGUUUAUAAGUACCACAGGUAUCUGGAAAAUGGAGAAAAGUUUGAACAGAAUUCAUACAGUUUCUGAUCCAGAAGCAACAUAUUUUCUACAAGUGUCAUGGGAAAAAGAUUUAGGCACUGGCUUUGGUAUAAUACUUGCUGAUGGUCAAUGUGCAUGGACUGGGACAGUGUCUGAAGCUGAAAUUUCUAGGGAGGCUGCUGACAUGGAAAUGAAAAGAGAAAAGUAUGUUGAAGAACUGAAGAAAGCGUUGAUAGCUGGAGAAGAAUCAGCUGGCAAAUACAAUUUUGCUGUUUCAAGAGAUGAAGAAAAUAUGGAGUGUCACUUCUCCUAUGAAAGAAAGCUGAAAGAUGGCUCUUUUAGACUUGGAUCUGUGAAGCUACAGAAAGUUUCCAGUCCGGCAGAGGUGGUUAAGGAACUCAUUGGUUACUGUCUGGACUGCCUGGGAAGACUGCAGGCAAAAAAUGAGCAUCUGCAAAAAGAAAAUGAAAGGCUUUUGAGCAACUGGACUGAUGUGGAGAAGCGGCUGGAAAAAUGUGUGGAAUCUAAAGAAGAACUAGAGGCAGAUCUUUAUAACCGGUUUAUUUUGGUGCUGAAUGAAAAGAAGGCAAAAAUAAGAAACUUACAGAAGUUGUUGAAUGAAGCUAAAGAAUCUGCAGCAGAUGCCAAAUGUACAAGGGAUAGUAUAGCUGCUUCUCAGAUGGCUACAGGGGAAGAAAAUGACUAUGAUGGUAGCACUGAGGAGGAAACUGAAGAUUUAGCACAAGCCUCAUUACCAUCAGCACCAGGACGAAGGGAUUCUCUUCUAGUUAGCCCAGAAGCUAUUGAUACUGUUCCAAGAAGAAAGCGGAGGCAAAGAACAGCACUGCCUGCUGCGACAGGAGCUAAAGUGGCUGCCUAUGAGACAGAACUGCCAGCCAAGGAAAAACCUGAUCUCACCUCAGAGAAGACACUGGACAAGCAUUCCCUGGAUGUGAUGUCUCUCGAAACACUGGAAAACACUUGUGAGCCUGAGGACCUCUUUGAUGACAUCUAACUAUGUUUGGGCUGAGAAACUGAGAGACUGGCACUUCUGAUAAAGCCAUUAAAAAAAAAAAAAAAAAAAAAAAAAAGCUUUGCUAUAGACCAA